CAAACUAUUACUCUCGACUUCUCUUCUCUUCCUUCUCCCUUACACAAACUCAAGAGAACACUGAUUGAAAUUUGAAACCAACACGCAUCAUUAUUACUUGCUUCAUCACUUUUCCUUUGAUCAAACAAAAUGCCAAGAAAAGGAAUGAGAAGCAUUUUCUUCAAACCAUCGCCUCCUCCACCCGCCACGUCAUCACUACCACCUCCCUCCCCUCUCCGCACAUUCUCGGACUCUAUAAUGGAAGAAAACAUUCAAACCGCAGAGUCUCUCAUAACCAAAUGGGACGAUUCCAACGCUAAUUACCGAACUAAAUUCCCAAUCCCUCUUUUCAGCGGCCCGCGCCACGAAGCCAAACAGUACCUAAACGCGGUGAAGGGACUACAGGCCGCUAUGCAACACCUCGUCGCACAGGAUUCCUCCUCCACCACCCUCGUUCGCGCUCAGUUUCUGAUGCAACUCGCGAUGAAGACGCUGCAGAAAGAGUUCUACCAGAUUCUAUCCUCCAACAGAGACCACCUCGAUCCCGAAACCGUCUCCACGCGCUCCUCCGUCGACCGCCGGAGCAGCGUCUCCGACUAUGUCUCCGAUUACGACGACGAAAUCUCAAUCUCGAUCUCCGAGGACGAGUAUCGUGUCUCUGAGACGGAGAGAGUUUCCAUGCUCGCUAUGGACGAUUUGAAGGCAAUUGCGGAGUGCAUGAUUUCCUCUGGCUACGGAAAAGAGUGCGUCAAGGUUUACAUCAUCAUGAGAAAAUCGAUCGUCGAUGAAGCACUGUACCAUCUCGGAAUGGAACGGUUGAGCUUCUCUCAGGUUCAGAAGCUGGAUUGGGAGGUUCUCGAGUUGAAGAUCAAGAGCUGGCUAAAGGCCGCGAAAGUCGCCGUCGGAACUCUCUUCCACGGCGAGUGGAUCCUCUGCGACCAUGUUUUCGGCGCGGACUCGGGAAAGAGAGUCGCGGAAUCGUGCUUCGCGGAAAUCGCCAAAGACGGCGCCGCGUCGCUGUUUGGAUUCCCGGAGAUGGUGGCGAAGUGCAAGAAAACGCCGGAGAAAAUGUUCAGGACUCUGGAUUUGUACGAAGCGAUCUCCGACCACUGGCCGCAAAUCGAAUCGAUAUUCUCCUUCGAAUCCACGUCGAACAUUCGGUUACAGGCCGUUACGUCGAUGGUGAAACUCGGCGAGGCCGUUAGGACGAUGCUAACGGACUUCGAAACCGCGAUUCAGAAGGACGCCUCCAAGAAACCGGCCCCUGGCGGUGGAAUCCACCCUCUCACGCGCUACGUGAUGAACUACCUCACGUUCCUCGCCGAUUACAGCGGCGUGCUGGUCGAUAUAAUCGCCGAUUCGCCGCAGUCGCCGUUGCCGGAGUCAUACUUCCGCAGCCCGAUGCGCGAGGAAAACGCGGCGGCGUCGGAGUUAUCGGAGCGAAUCGCGUGGAUUAUUCUCGUGGUGCUGUGCAAGCUCGACGGCAAAGCGGAACUCUACAAGGACGUGGCGCUUUCGUACCUGUUCCUCGCGAAUAACACGCAAUACGUCGUCGUAAAGGUGCGCAAAUCGAACCUAGGGUUCCUUCUCGGCGAGGAGUGGUUGGCGAAGCAAGAAGCGAAGGCUAGAGAGUACGCGUCCAAGUACGAGCGCGUCGGGUGGGGCGCGGUGCUCGCCUCGCUGCCGGAGAAUCCCGCGGCGGCGCUGCCGGCGGAGCAGGCUAGGGCCUAUUUCGUGAAUUUCAACGCUGCGUUUCAUGAAGCGUGUAAAAAACAGUUGUCGUGGGUCGUAUCCGACCCGAAAAUCAGAGAAGAAAUCAAAGGGUCGAUAGGUUCGAAGGUGGAGCAAAAGUACAGCGAAUUCUACGAGAAGAAUCGGGUCGGGUCGGAGUCCGUUACGAAGCUUUUACCCGACGAUAUAGGGAAUCACAUGUCUAACAUUUUGAAUGGGAACGGGAUUGGAGAUUCGAGUGUCUCGUCACAUUCUUCGUCAACGACGUCGUCUUCUCAUCGCUCUAAUCGACGGUGAUGUCGUCGAACAUCGAUGACGCUAUAUUUUCCCCCAUUUUUUUCUUCUUUUUUGUAUAUUUCAAUUAAACGUCGAUAAGAAACUGUCCUGGGUGUAGAAUGGGACAAGAUAGAGAAUAUUCCAAUGUGUAACCUGUUUACUCACUAUUACUGUAUACAAUACACUUUUUUGCUCAUUUAA